CCCUCCUCCCCUCCUCUAUAUAUACCCACCAUUCUCCUACUCUACAACCUCACUUCCUCACUCUUCCACUCCCCAAGAGAUAUAUAUACAAAGAAAGAGCGAGAGAGAGAGAGAGGCCACACUCAAAGUCAGUGAGACAAUUUCUUCUUGCAAAUUCAAAUUCCCUUAAAAAAAAAAAAAAAGGAAAAAAAGAAAACAAAUAAAUAUGCCUUCCUCACCAUCUCUAACUCUUCUUUCCAAAUGCACCGUCUUCCCAGACCGGAACUCCACUCUUGGAGACCUCAAGCUCUCCGUCUCCGACCUCCCCAUGCUCUCCUGCCAGUACAUCCAAAAGGGUGGCCUUUUCACUCGCCCUCCUCUCCCAGUCGACUCCUUCCUCGCUCUUAUGAAGCGCGGUCUCUCUCAAACUCUAUCUCAAUUCCCGCCUCUCGCCGGACGGUUAACGACCGACUCCGAUGGCCAUGUCUAUAUAACCUGCAAUGAUGCCGGUGCGGACUUCAUUCACGCCAAUGCCGGCCAUAUAUACAUCCGCGACAUUCUGGGUUCUGUCCAUGUUCCUGAAUGUGUGAAGGAAUUCUUCGCUUUCGAUCGAACUGUCAGCUACAAUGGCCAUUUCAGGCCGAUUUUGGCCGUGCAGGUUACCGAGCUUGCUGAUGGGGUUUUUAUCGGAUGCGCUGUGAACCACGCAGUCGUCGAUGGGACCUCUUUCUGGAAUUUCUUCAACACGUUCGCUGAGGAGUGUAAAGGAGUUAAAAGGAUUUCGAAGCAACCGGAAUUUAGCCGCCAAUCGGUGUUGAUCUCGCCGGCGGUGCUCAAAUUGCCGGAAGGUGGACCUAAAGUUACCUUCUCUAACGACAAGCCGUUGAGCGAGCGAAUAUUUAGCUUCAGCAGGGAAGCGAUUCGUAAGCUGAAAGCGAAAACAAACAACCAGAAAUGGACAGACAACGAAGACGACGACAAACUCACCGCCGUUGAAAUUUUGGGGAAGCUCAGUAACGACACGUUUCAAAAUAACGGUAAGAUGAAGAGUCUGAUUGAGAACUGGUUGAAAAACGGCGUCGUUGCGAAACAGCAAACAGCAGAGAUUGAGUCAAACAAAGCGACGGCUGAGAUUUCAUCUUUCCAAUCGAUCUGCGCGCUUCUUUGGCGAGCGGUCACGCGUGCCAGGAAGCUUCCUAGCUCCAAAGUGACGACGUUUCGGAUGGCGGUGAAUUGCAGGCAGAGACUGGAACCGAAGCUUGAUCCGUACUACUUCGGGAACGCAAUUCAAAGUGUACCGACUUACGCGUCAGCGAGUGACGUAUUGUCUCGGGAUCUGAGAUGGUGUGCCGAGCAGCUGAACAAGAACGUGAGGGCACACGAUAGCGGUAUGGUGCGCCGGUUCGUAGAGGAUUGGGAAAGCAAUCCGAGGUGUUUUCCUUUAGGGAAUCCCGACGGCGCGUCGAUCACGAUGGGUAGCUCACCGAGGUUCCCGAUGUACGACAACGAUUUCGGGUGGGGAAGACCGAUGGCUGUUCGGAGCGGUAGGGCGAACAAAUUCGACGGCAAGAUCUCGGCGUUUCCGGGGAGGGAAGGAGGUGGGAGCGUUGAUCUGGAGGUCGUUUUGUCCCCGGAGACGAUGGCGGAGAUUGAGUCGGAUUUUGAAUUCAUGCAAUACGUAUCGAGCUAAAGGAGCCGAGUUCUGAUGAGAACUGUGACGGUUAUGAUUGAGUGCGGUUUUACCAUGCUCAAUACUAUAUGGACUCUAGUUGAAGAUUAUAGUGACGAUAAUGAUGACAAUUGGACCGCUCAAUUGUGUUUUGUGUUUAAAUAAGCCAUCUGAACGAUUUGAUUUCAGCCGGGAGGUUGGGGAUGUUUUUCUUUCUUUGUGACAUAUUUUAUGUUUUUGUAAUAUUACUUGUUUUUAUACUUUUGCUUAAUAUCAUAUACUUUCUGAUUUCUUAAUGUUA